AUGGCUGAUUCCUACUUGGCUAUCCAGAUUUUGAUUGGCAUCUUUCAUGUUUUUAUGUGGUAUUUCAUAUUGAUUUUGUAUAUGGGACAGAUUAAAGGAACCUUUGGGAUAUAUGAACCUAUAACUUACAGAACAGGAUGUACUUUAUGGGGAAUUGUUUUUAUCAUUUCAGGAGUCUUCCUAAUAAGAGUAGCAAAGCAUCCAUCUCAGCGCCUGGUUGUACUAGCAUUGAUCACAAACAUCUUCUGUGUAAUCACUACAAUUAUUGCAGUAGCUUUGACAGUAACUGAAUUGUCUAAAUUUCAUUCUGUGUCAUAUAAGAAUUAUGGGCAAGCGAAACUCGGGAGGGAAGUUUCACGCGUCUUACUGUUCUCCUACCCUCUGGAAUUAGCUCUUGCAUUUACAUACUCCAUCUUCGGCUGUAUCGAUUUGACCGUCCACUUGCACAUAAGUCUCGCACAUGAUGUUCUACAUGACAAAUACGUUGGCGAUGAUGAUGAUGAUGAUGAUGAUGAUGGCAACUCAAAAAACAUCUCAUGCAGUUAUUAG